UGAGCGCGCAGGACCGAUUUUCCUUGCAGUGCACUAUCAUAGAGCAAUGUGCAUGACAGGACAGAACGAGCAGAGCUGAGAGCAGCGCAAAGGGAAAACAGCGAGAGGGGAGUUGUAAUAACGCUAAUUAAGCAUCCAAUCUCUGUAUUCGUAAUAUUUGAAUCAUGGAUGUAUAAUUCCUCUAUUUUCGCUAAACAUCGUAUCUUGCACCAUUCAACAACUCGGACAUUUUGUUCCUCAUUUUGUUCCUUUAACAGAACAUUGGUGCCCAUCAAGAGCCUAGACAGAGAGUGCCAUUGUAUCGCGCGCAGGAACUGAGCUAAAGCCGACAUCAUGGCGUGGCCCUGCAUCACCAGGGCGUGCUGCAUGGCCCGCUUCUGGAACCAGCUGGACAAGGGGGACAUUUCGGUGCCAUUGGUUUUCACCAGAUACGACGUCUCGGAGAUGCAGCAUCUUCAACUGCAGCACCAACAAAAACAGCCGCAUCACCAGGCACAGGCAAGCGCGGUCGCCAUAGAAACUCAACCCGCUCACGAGGACAAGGCGGUGGCGGCUUGUGAGCACCUCGCAACGGGAACCGCUGUGUCUGAGGAGCGCGCAUGUGGUUCUGUAAUGCGCCAAGACUUUAAGCACUGGAAAGUGCGCCCUGAGCCAAGCUGUAAACCUAAGAAUGAAUAUCAUACUCCCGAGACCCCUUUUAACAACAAGACACAAUAUCAGAAGGAUUUCAAGCCAUGGCCCAUUCAGAAAAGGGACGACCAUCCUUGGAUUGCCAGGCCCAAUCCCUCCAUCUCCACCGGCGGUGACUGUGUCCAGGAUAGGUCCAAACACUACCAUGCACACGCGGAAGUUGACAGUGGGGUGGAGAAAAGCGAAAUUGCUGACAAAGUGCAAGAGAAAGAAAUUCUGGGAGGGAGUAAAAAUAACCAAACUGCAGAGGAGGAUGGUGAAAAGAAAGUUAGCAUCAAAGUGGAGCGAGAAGACGCGGCAGGGGCCAGAGGCAGGGCGGCGUUAGAUGCGCUAAACAGGCAGUUAAAACAGGAAGUUACAAUUGGCAGCUCAUACAAGACUGAGUUCAAGGCCCAKAGGGAUGUGAAGCCAGUGAAACUGAUCCAAGCCAAGUCCCAGUUCCUUCCCCCUGAUGAGAAGACCAGCCUGGAGACCAGCUAUAGCGCCACCUACAGGGGAGAGCAGGCCAAGCAGCAGCCCAAUGACAACAAGGCUGUGGACAGGAGGAGGAUACGCAGCCUGUACAAUGAGCCCUACAAAGGGCUACAAGAGACCAAGGUUGAGAGGUCUAACAGUGCUCCCCGAUCCAAACCCAAAAAGGCGGGCACCAGGUUAGCGAGCCAGGCGGGCAAACCUGUGAAGAAGGCUAAAGAGCAGAAGCUGCAGGGCAGCACAGCAACGCGGGGCACCAAGAAGAAGACCUUGGAGAACCAGCCCGCUGAGUCCAGGCCUGCGGAGAUGGACAAGGAGAAAAGUAAAGAGAUGAACAACAAACUGGCUGAGGCAAAAGAGUAAAAAUCAUUUAGCACUACUUCUACCUUUUAUUCUUCUUUGAGGGAAAGAAUGCAAAGGCUGCAAAAUUAGAGGUUCUCAUCCCCUUUUAAGUUUUGUGUCUCUUUUCUCUCUCUCUCUCUCUCUCUCUGCUCUCUCUCUCUCUCUGUCUCCUCUUUCUGCUCUCUCUCUCUCUUUCACUCUCUUCUCUCUGCCAAUUGGCUGAGUUAGUAGUAGUUAUAGACAGUAAAUGUCAGAGUUGGGACAUGACAUGUCAUUUCUUCCCUGCCUCACAUUACAUUAGAUCACCGUACUAACAAGGGGAUGUGUGCAUCCGCUUCCUCUGCUUCCUGAUGCCACCGACCACCCCCCUCUCUCCGUCUCCAUCUCAAGGUUGCCAUGGCUACCAAUGAACGGCGCAUGCUAUUGUUGCAUGAGCUCACCGACUAGCAAUCCUGUGUGGUUGGCUUCCAUCUUCCAACUGAACAGAUUGCUUUGUUGAGUUUAUCAAGGAUUUUUGGGAAAGAGAAAACCAUGUAAAUUGGCUCACUGAAUGGACUUGAUCUUUAUAGCUGUAACUUACUAAAUUUAUCCAAAGAUAGAUACUCAUCUAGAAUUAUGGUCUGAAAAUCUUUGAUAAAUGUGCAGCUUGGUUUUUCUAGAGUGUAUUGGUCCAUGGCUGAGUGUGUGCCUGCUCUGUAGGUCCUCAAUGCUGUCUUCCUGUGCACACGGGCCUCCAAGUCUGUCUGUAAUCAGAUUGCCAUUACUAAGAUGCUUUGUUAAACUUUGCCAUCAUUCCUGAAUGAAAUCUUAUUUUGUAAACCUAAUAACUGUUGAUUGUGGAUGGUGUGGGAAUGGUUUUGAGCAAAUAAUUGUCAGGUAAACAUGUAAAACCUCAUACUGUCUCAUUCAAAGUGUUCUCUCUAUUCACAGGAAAAUUUGUUAAUCAAGUUAUUUUAAAGGUCAGACAAGGAUAUCUUGUUUCAUCAACCUUGUUGCCAAACCAGGAGCCAUCUGGGUUACUGUAACAUGAUGAUGCAUUACUAGACCAGUUAUUUGCACAGCAGAUAAAUUAAAUGUUACUAUCAUGAAAUUAUAAUUACAUUGGCCAUUUGAAUAACUACAUUACAUGUCACUGAGUCACGAUAGGAAAUUGAUAUUGUGGCUCUGUGGUCGUUAGCUAUGCUUUCACCCAGACCAUGCAGACUCUGUGUAGAUAUAGCUCAGUGGGGUGGCAGGAUCGCUUUUUAUUCCUACAUAGAGCAGCCUAACCUAUAACCUCACACGCCCCCGCCUACAGCCCCUCCCCUCCUCUCAGACACACACACAGAGCCAUGGUUGACUGUAACCAACGUGACUAGGCCCCCAUGGGACUAGCAGAUGGGACCCCAGCAACGCCAUCACAUCCCAGAGGUCUAAAGAGGUGUCUGGCUGGAUGUGAUAUUAGUCCACACUAGUAGGAGCAGAUUCAUGGUUAAGGUUUUGGAACUAAAUGUCAUUUAUUAUGUUUUAUUUAUUCAUCUAUUUGUUUGGGUAUGAAACACUGAUUACCACCUCUGCUAAUACCUCUCUUUAUUGAAUAAUAAUGAGUCUGUGAUGUGAUGGUAAGUUGAAUGCUGGCCGUUUGGAAUGCUUCUUUUUCUCAAAUUAGUAUCUGUAUGUGUCUGUCUAACACAGGCCUCAAAGAACUGGCCUCUUCCCUGAACCAGGUGUGUGUUUAAGUGUGUGGAUUUGAUUAGGUUGACAAGAUUACGUGUAGAUGUCAAGAUUAUAUUCAAUGCAUUCAACUUCAAAUCAAUCUCUCUCUGCUGCCUUCCAUGGCAAUCUAAAUAUUGUAGGCAUAGGCUAACAAUGUAGAGCAACUUGAUAUUUCUCCCCUGUGAUUUAAUUGAAUUAGCAUAAGCAGCGAAACUCGAUUCUAUAUUUGGUGUACAUUUGUGUUAUACUUCUGCAUAUGUUUGCAGUUUCUUGAAUGGGAUAAAAUGAGUGAGCAAGGAAAAUGAUCUGUAUUACAAAUGAAAACCAAAUGAUGUCAAAAUGAAUCAAGUUAGACUUGUCCCCUUUGUAUUGGCUGUAUAGUGCUAGACUAGACGUCUGCUUAUGCCUUAGCAGACAGUAGUAAAGACCAGAACAGCGUCUCAGACUCCUGGGAUAGGAUAGGCCUCAAUAGAGCAGUGCAUUGUGCAGGACUUGUCUUGUCAUGGGUCAACCCCCACCUCCUCACACUCCCCAGUCUCUUUCUUGUGUUGUUGUCAUCUAUUGUGCUAGUCAGUGUCCCCUGACUCCCUCCCUCCCCUCAUUUUUGAGUGUUGGAGUGUGUUGUCUCUCCAUUUGCCAUGGUGGUGUCUUGGUUAGUAUGUCACAAUGAAUCACCACACCGUAUUCCACUCAGACUGAGCAUGCGCCCACGGAGCAGAGGGCGAGGGCCAUCUUAUUAGCAUUUUGCAGCCUUUGGUUGGGGAAGGGGGAUGCUUUCUCUCGUAACACAUGAAGGGGGGGUUGGGGGGUCAUACAUGUCAGUGCUGACACACAACCCACCCGGUGCUAUCGAUUUUGAAUCCAAGCAUUAGAAACAAAAGCUAAAAAUUGAAAGUAAUAAUGGUACAAAGAAGUUAUGUGUUGGGCCAAUAUAUUUUACUGUGACGUGCUUGUGUUUCUCUCUGCUUGCUCCUAUUUACUGAAAUAUGAAUAAAUGCAAAAGCAGAAAAAGCAGUGUCCUCUUGGUUCUUUGUGUUGAAACGUAUGGAGGAGGAGGAGGGUGAAAGAACCGUGGUUGCAGGUAUUUGUGUAAAUGUUUUUGUGUCUUUGUCUUUGUGAGACAUGAGAUGAUUUUUAGAGAGUGAAUCCACAUGGAAGAGAAAAACAUUUAUCUUCAGAUUUUCUUUAGCGCUUUUCAAAGCUCAUCAAAGACAUUCUGGCAUGAGUUCUGACAUCCUUUCAAGAGCUUGAAUAUUGCUGCUACAGUAUGUUAUUUUGCAUCAUGUGUCCCAAUAUAUUCAAAGCCUAAAUUAUACAGCAAUGUACAAUUUAAGGAUGGGUAGAACAUUAUUACAGAAUUAGAUGUCAUGUAAAUACACUGGGCCAACAAACUGUACAAAUUUACACAAUGUAAUGAUUUAUGAGAGAUCCUUUUUUUGGCUGUGAGAAUGUGUGAGACAUUUGGAUAUAUUUUCUGAAACCAUUUUAAUCAUGUAAUUACUAUAUUUUUCAGCUUUAUCUGGUAUCAUUUAUCUGAUAGCUUUUUGAGAAUGUGAAAUCCUACGUCUAGAAAAUCUAACGAGUGACAUUCUGAUUCAU